GGAAAAGGUGUUUUGGUGGAAGUGAGCGAAGAGAAAGCGGGAUAGCUACUCUGUUCACGUACAGGAGCUUUUUUAACUGUUGUUGCCUUGACUGGUUUCACUGUCCGUCCAGUGCUGGUCCCGUUGCACUUCUCCCUCAGGGGGAUCGCCUUGGAGACUAGCCGCUCCCCGUUCUCUUCAUAUCAGCCCCUCUUUGGCAUAUUUUGCCGUCUGUUAGUAUCAGGAUGAAGGUGGUAACGUGUGAGAUCGCCUGGCACAACAAGGAGCCAGUGUACAGUCUGGAUUUCCAACAAAAUGCAGAGGGCCGGAUUGACCGCUUGGCCACCGCUGGAGUGGACACAACUGUGCGGAUGUGGCGUGUCGACCGUGGCCCUGAUGGAAAGGCUGUAGUGGAGUUCCUGUCAAACUUAGCAAGACACACAAAAGCAGUAAACGUUGUGCGAUUCUCCCCAACCUCAGAGCUCCUUGCCUCAGGGGGAGAUGAUGCAUCUAUUUUACUAUGGAAGCUGAAUGACAGCAAAGAGCCUGAACAGAUCCCAGUUUUCCAGGACGAUGAGGAUGCUCAUCUUAACAAGGAAAGCUGGAAUGUAGUGAAGACUCUGAGGGGGCAUAUUGAGGAUGUAUAUGACAUAUCUUGGACCAUUGAUGGGAAUUUCCUGGUUUCAGGUUCUGUGGACAAUACUGCCAUCAUGUGGGACAUCCAAAAGAGUCAGAAAAUGUGCAUCUUCAAUGACCAUAAGAGCUAUGUGCAGGGUGUGACCUGGGACCCUCUAGGGCAGUACAUUUGCACACUUAGCUGUGAUAGAGUUAUGCGUGUAUACAGCUCACAGAGCAGGAAAAAGUCCUGCAGUGUGAGUAAGAUGACAUCAGGCUCCACUGUGGAGGGAGAGGUAAAGAACUACAGGAUGUUCCAUGAUGACAGUAUGCGGUCUUUCUUCAGACGUCUCACCUUCACACCUGACGGAUCUUUCCUUCUUGCUCCUGCUGGUUGUGUGGAGACAGGAGAAAACGUCACAAACACCACCUAUGUCUUCUCUAGGAAGAGCUUAAAGAGACCCACAGCCCAUCUGCCCUGUCCCAGCAAAGCAACUCUGGCUGUGCGUUGCUGCCCUGUCUACUUUGAUCUCAGAACCAAGAAGGAAGAAGAUGGAUCUUUGCAGCCACUGCCCAAUAUGUUCCAGUUGCCCUAUCGACUGGUGUUUGCUGUUGCAUCUGAAGACUCAGUCUAUCUCUAUGACACCCAACAGACACUGCCAUUUGGUUAUGUGUCCAACAUCCACUACCACACCCUCAGUGACCUCAGCUGGUCUCGUGAUGGCUCUUUCUUGGCCGUGUCCUCAACGGAUGGCUACUGCUCUUUUGUGUCGUUCGAGGAGCUGGAGCUCGGUACCCCUUUGAAGGAGCGCCCCCCACUGGACUUCAUCACCCCAGUCAGUGGCACUGAGAAGAAGGGAAAGAGAACUCUAGCCAGCGGUCGAACAGCGUCACCUGUGCCCCGUGCCAACACACCCAUCACCCAGGAGAAGGAGAAAGAGGUUUCUCCUGCUACUGUCCCCAUCAAGACUCUUAGUGUUCCUGCUCCUGAAGACAAGCGUACCCCACAAGCCUUAAAGGCCAAGCCCCAGCCCAGACGUAUCCCACUUAAUACCCUGGAGGGCUGGAGCAAAUCCAGCACCCUGAAGUCCCCUGUGACCCCAGCUGCUCCUGCCAGUAGUGUAAAUAAGUCUGCCCCCUCCACUCCACUGUCUGUUCAGGGACCCCUCUCACCUAAAAUUGACCCAAAUACCCCCCUCGGACCCAUCGGUGUAAAAAAUGCCACUGUACGUAAAGGACCCACUCCAAGGCGAAUUUCGCUAACACCAGUUAUUCCCAGAUCUCCACCUUCCUCACAAAACGCCAUCCCUCCAUCCUCCACUGAGAAAGCCAAACACGAGAGACCAUCUCCUCCUAGUGACCCAAUGUGCAAGCCGCCGGAAUUCAAGCGGCCGAAGACUGAUGGAGCUCUAGACCAGAGUGCUGACAUGUUGGCCCAAAGCAGUGAGCACUCACAAACCGUAGAAUCCAGCAGCAAGUGCAUCGAUCCUUAACUCGCCUGGAGCAGCAACGAGUUUGCCCCAUGUUUAUAAUUGACGUUCGUUUAUGUGCUUAUGAACACAAGACCUUCUUUAAAAUGCAUGGAGCCAAUGUGCACAUGGACUCGCACAGAUUAAUGGACUUGUACAUGAGUUGUGACUCGCCAACAGACUUUUGGAGUGAGCCAAGGUUUUCAUGACCAUAAGAGUAAAACA